AUGAAGCUUGGAUCGAAUCCUUCAAUCUUCAAUCGACCGCUUUGUUCAGCGACAUCUGCAGGUCACUCGAUAGGUCGAGCAAUAUUACCCGAGGCGCUAUUAGGUUUGCAAAAAAUGACGAAGGAUUCAAAGAAGGAGGAAAUGUCAUCGAGCGUAUCAAUCGUGAAAGAUUUGGAGGAGGCAGCAAACGCCGAAGUUUCGAUCACGGAAAUGCGGCGCGUACCUCAAAUGGAGUCGUUGCGCGUAGAGAAGCAAGUGAAAAUAUUCGCGUCCAUGUGUCCCGACGAGAUUCUGGACCAUUACGACAACUACAACACCAGGAGCUACCACACCACGCUGAUGCUAGGCGACGUGUCCGGCUUCACGGAGAUGACGGACAAGUACACCAAGUCUGGCAAAGGCGGCCCGUCCAAGCUGACGGAGACGCUCAACAGCUACAUCGGCGCCAUGGUGCAGGAGAUCCUGUCGCACGGCGGCGACGUGCUGAAGUUCUCCGGCGACGCGUUCAUCGUUAUGUGGAAGCUGGAGAACGGCCGAGUGAUGCGCGACAUCACCUCCGAGGCCAUCAAGACCGCGUGCGUCAUCCAGAAACACUUCGGCACCUACGAGACCGACGUGGACGUCGUCCUGAAAGUGAAGCUGGCGAUAGCUUCGGGCAAGACGUACUUCACGUCCAUCGGUAGCCCCGACGUGGCCUCCUACUACGUGAUCACCGGCAAGCCCGUCUGGGAGGUGAAGUUCGCCGAGGGACUGUGUCGCGGCGGCGACAUCCUCGUGGCGCCGAGCUGCUGGCAGUGGGUCAACCCCAGCGAGUACAUCUACGAGUCCCUGACCGACGGCGUCCACACGCUCAUCAUCUCGAUGUCCGUGCUGUGGGACACCGCCAAGGGGUCGUUCAGCGAGGCAGCGGUGUCCAGCGACUCGUCGAGCGGCGACGUCGCUCUGAGGACCUCGUCGACGGACUCGGCCGACAGCGGCUUGCUGUCGAGGGACUCGGCUCGUCACAGAGCGUUGGCGACCAAGAGGUCCGAGGCCACGGCCGACUACAUGCUGCGCCCGAAGGUGUCCAAAGCCGUGGAGGCCAAGUUGACGCACGAGCUGCGCAGCUACGUGCUGCGCCCAGUCAUCCGGUCCGUCGAGCUGGACGAGCCGCUGGAGUACCUGACAGAGAUCCGCCAGGUGGUCAUCGUGUUCGUGAACGUCGUCAUCCAGGAGAUCAACCGAAAGACCCUCAUCAAAUUGGUGAACGCGAGCUACUCCUACGUGUGCAGCUGCGUGGGCGAGAUGCAGGGCUGCGUGAACAAGACCUCGCUCUUCGACAAGGACCUCAUGUUCCUCUGCAUUUUCGGCCUGCGCGGGGACAAGCACGAGCUCGAGUCGCAGAUCGGGCUGCGCUGCGCGUUCAAACUACGCCACGGCCUGGUCAAGUUUCAGAACGUCAAGUCGGUGAGCGUCGGCGUGACGACCGGGCAGACCUACUGCGGCGUGGUCGGCCACGUUCUCAGGAGGGAGUACACCGUCAUCGGCAUCGCCGUCAACAAAGCCGCUCGGCUGAUGUGCGCUUACGUCAACAAGGUGGUUUGCGACAGAGAGAGUUUCUUGCUGUCCCACCUGGAGGCCAAGCACUUUGUCCUGCAAGAGGCCAAGCACCUGAAAGGCAUCACGAGCGCCGGCCCGAUUUACGAAUUCUCCGAGAAAGUCACUUCGUUCGAAAACGAGCUGCAAGUCAGCGAGUACCCGUUGCUCGGGCGAGACGCCGAACUCCGAGUCUUUUGCGGCCUACUCGAUCGGAUGCUGGCAGGCGACGCGGGAUGCAAAAAGAAUCUACUUAUCGUCAAGGGCGUGCAGAGGAUAGGCAAAACCAGGCUACUCGAAGAGAUGACGAGCAUAACACCGGAACACGUGCCAGUCAAUUUCAUAUCGCUGGUUCCCAUGGACAAGCAGCAACCCUGCAUCCUUCUACGCCUGCUAUUCUUCACGCCGCUCGAUAUAACCGAGGAGUCGUCCCUGAAAGAAAAGCAAGACAAGUUGAUGGCGCACUUUAACGAGAAGGACUGUCGGCAGCUGAGCUGCUUAAACCACGUGUUUCACGUGAAAUUCAAAGGCGCGCACGACACGGCGCAGCCCGACACGGGCGCGCGUUCGAAGAUCUUGAAAAAGCUCAUCGGCAAAUUGACGAGAAGCUGCUUCCAGCGGCUCUGGCUGAUCCUGAUCGACGACGCGGAAUUGGCCGACGACGAGUCAAUGGGCUUGCUCCACAGCGUAGUCAAGCAGGAGAACGCGAUGUUCGUGCUGAGCUACGGCAACAAGCUGUCGAUGGAGUACGACAUACCGAGUGCUCUGAGCAACAAAGCCGAGACCAUCGAGUUGGCGGCACUCGACAAGUGGUACCACGCAGCCCUGGCCUGCCAAGUGAUGGGCGUGGUCGCGAUACCCGCCGAACUCGAAAAAGCUCUGCAAGAGAGAAGCUCCGGGAAUUCCGGCUGGAUAGAAAGCUACCUGGUGACUCUGCUUCAGUCCGCGAGGAUCGUCAUCCAAAGCAUGACCAAGUCGGAAAUCAAGCAAACGGGAUUGGUCACUCCUUUGCGAUCGAUGCUGAAGAGAGUUUUAGGUCCAUCGAGAAUCGCAGCUGAGGCUCCUUCGACCGAUCUUCACAGCAGUUGGGCAAUGUACAAGUCGAGCUUUCGGGUAGGAUCCGCUUUCUCUCGUCUGACACCGUGCGACGACUCGCGAUUCGCAAGGGCGCGCGGCCACUUUUCACUUUUGCAGGAAAGCGCCGUAAUAAACGAGAGCGAGGAGAAGGACGAGACGAGCCUGAAGGUUUGCGCGCUCACGGACAGCUUCGUACUCGAGGACACGGAUUCCGAAGCCACGAUGGACACGAUCCUGCUGAAGCUCUACGACUCGCUGACGCCGCUCGAUCAGUUUCUCCUGAAGUGCGCGGCUGUGCUGGGCGAGAUCAUCGACCGCAAGAUGCUCGUAAGGCUCAUGCACGAGUUCUCGCAGCGCGACAUCGGCGUUGCUCUGGUGAAGCUGUUCGAGUUGCGGAUAAUCGGCUGCGCCGUGGGUGACUUCAGCCGCAGCUCGGGCCCGCAGACGCUGUUCAAGAGAGUACACGAUCCCAUGCAGACGACCAUGCAGAUACGCUGCGGCUGCAAAGGCAUCGAGAUCUCAGAAGAACUGUCCGACCUGCCGAGUUACGCGUCCUGCGGCCUGAUGAGAUUCAAGCUGGACAUGUUCCGCAAGACGACCUACAGACUGCUCACCGACAACCAGAAGGUGGAGUUCCACAGCAAGGCGCUGCACUACUUGCGGCACAACACGCGUCGCUGCGCCCCCUGCGGCGGUGGGCCCUUCGACCGCCUGCUCGGCGAGUCCGCGCUCGCCGAGAGCGUCGCAAAGAAGCCCAGCGAGCCGGCGAGCGACGGCGAGGAUUCGGACCAGCACGCCCUCGCUGACAACGGGCGUGCUUCCGCAGGAGCCGACCGGACGAGCGUGAGCAGCGGUGGCGGCAGCAGCCUGUCGCUGUUCAGGAUGUGCCGACCUCUGGCCAAGUCGCCGACGCGCACCUUUUCCGACCUGGAUUUCGCCGACUGCCAGUGCAACCUUCACCUGCUCACUGCCUACACGCACAUUCUGGAGCACUGCCGCGGCAUCGGCGACAAGUCGCUGCUCCUCGUCACCGUGCUCGAGUUCACGCAGGUCUGCCUGUCGACGCUGAACAUCCCGCAGGCGACGGAGCUGCUGGCCGAGGGCGACGCGCUCAUCGAUGCGAUCUACACCUCGGAGGACGACGCGCUGAUCGUCGUACCCUACCUCAAGGGCAAGAUCCAGACGCUGCGAGGUCGCUGCUUCCUGGAGAGCGGCCUUAUCGUGGAGGCGAUGGAGUGCUUCGAGGAGACAGUCCGGAUAAUGAAGUACAAGCUGCCCGCCAAUCCGCUCAUGAUCCGGCUCAAGUCGAUGUACCUGCUGGAGCAGCAACGGCUCAUGCUCACCUGCCUGCGCGGCGCGAUGCUCGGCGUGGUCGACGGCGACGCCGCCAAUUACAACGACCAGUUCGCCAGCUGCCUGGCGCACAUGUUCGUGGUGUACAGACUGAGCAACAUGCAGCAGCACGCACGGCUGGUCGCGAUCUGGGCUCUGAACGUGGCGCUGGAGUCAAGCAAGGACUUCUUCGUGCUGUCCAGCGCCUACGCCAACAUGAUCAUCACCGCGCACAACUACCAGUACACGUCCAUCAUCCCGUGCCUGGAGCGGGACGCCAUCAACCUGUGCCACGCUCGGCGCGACUCCGUCGACCUGGAGGAGCUCAAAGCCGUCGCCGAGCUGUACGCCAGGAUAUUCUUUUCCAGGUGGACGCGCACCGAGACCUCGCGCGCCGCCAGCGUCGGCUUCGUCACCGCGCGACUCACCCUGGCCACCAGGUCCACCGCACUGCGGCUCUUCGUUCUGCCCAGGCUCGUUCAGCUUCUCGUCAUGGAGAGACGAUACGGCGAGGUCGUCUCCUUUCUGCAGGAGCUCGAAUUCAUCUCGCCGAACGACAUGGACCAGUCCGGUCGCACUUGGUACUGCGCGCUCUCCGUCGAUCUGCUGCUCGAGUCGGGCAUCUCCGUCAUAUCGCUGAACGAGUGCGAGCAGUUUUUCCAGCAGCAGAGCAGCAAGAUCAUGCGUUUGAGGGACUCCGAAGCUGCCAAGAGGUUCUUCACUUGCAUGUGGCUUUGGUACGUCAGGAUGGGCAACUGGGAAGCCGCCACCGUCUGGAGAGGCAGAGAAGUCGAUCAAACGGUCCUCGACGAAUUUACAGUACCUGCAGCGAUAACGAUAAUCAAGAAGGUCGAAGGCUUGAUUAUCAGCUACGUCUAUAACGUUGACAAUAAAAACAUCAAGGACGCAGCAGCCACCAUUGCUGACAUCAAGAAAACUUUCGUGGUUAUAGAACGAUUUCGACGGGUCGUCAAGAUUAUUACUCCAAGAUAUUAUCUUAUGAGAGCUUACUUCGACAUGGUAAGGUUUCGAAGAAAAUCUGGUAUGGCACUUCUGUACAGGUCCAGAGCGGAGGCUCUUAAGAUUGGCUGUACCAAGGUACAAAACUGGUGCAAUCAUACUGAAAAGGCUUGGAAUGGCACGCUUAGUCCGAUUCAAGCCGACUUUUGGAAAGAACAGUGCACUGCUGAGAAGCAAGUAAACUGGCAUGAAAUUGAUAUGCAACAUCGUAAAAUUUUGCCGUACACGCUGCCUCUGCCAAAAGAGGAAUUUUAA